AUGGCUGAAAGACUGCAGAAGCACAGAUUUCAAGACGCUUUCCCUCGAUCUUCUCCUUCCGAUUUCCUCUGGGAAAAAAUGCGUGGGCUCUUCUUUGUCCUGGUGACGUGCACAGCAGGCGCCUCUGCUUUCAGACUCCAUCAAGUCAAAAGCACAGAAAACUGCCCAGAUCACACCGUGUUUUUCAAACACUACUAUGAACUGCAUGGAGAACCUGUGGUUCUGAAAUGCCCUUCCCCCAGAUACAAACAUUUGGAUUUUUCUGCCUUGACCCCUAAUAUCACAUGGUAUAAAAAUGGUUCAAAAACCAUGAUAUCAGGAAGAGAUGAAGAUCCAAGAGCCUGGGCAAAAGGAGAUGCACUCUGGUUUUUACCAGCAAUGCUAGAAGACUCAGGAGUAUAUAUCUGCACCAGAAGGAACUCCUCCUACUGCGCCGAGGUCUCCAUCCACCUCACAGUCGUGGAGAAAACAGCUGCUCGGGAGAUUGCCUAUCUCCAGGUCCUCUUCACUUUCACCUCUGGCAAGAUCGUUUGCCCUGACCUGUGGGAUUUUACACCAAAUAGGACAAGCCUGGAGCUCAAGUGGUACAAGGAUGCUCUGCCUUUGGAAGAUGACGAUGAAAAAUUCCUAAAUCUGAAAGGUUCAGCUUCUCUGAUCAUGACUUCUGUACUACCAACAGACGCUGGCUACUACACCUGCAAGAUGUCAUUUCCAUUUGAAGGUGUAAUGUUUGAAAUCACCAGAACAAUUCAGCUGGAGACUGUUGAACAAGAAAAGAGAAUUACCCCAAUAAUUGUGUAUCCAACACAAAAGACGACAUCAGCUGCUCUCGGCUCCAAGAUGACUCUCCCGUGCAAAGUGUUUGUUGGACUGAGCAGCCACGUCCAUACUGAUGUGGAAUGGCUAGCAAAUGACACCACCGUCGAUGUGGUUUACAAGCAAAGCAGAGUUACAGAGGGAGAACGACAAGAAAUUGUAGAAAAUGGUGAAAACUUCAUUGAAGUGCCACUGAUUUUUGAUUCUGUUGAAGAAGUGGAUUUUUACACAGACUUUACGUGUUUGGCCCAGAACAGAUACGGCUACCAAGUACUGCCAACAAGGGUCAAGCAGGAAGCUGUCGGCUUGUCCUGGUACAUUGCAAUGAUUCCCGUCGCAUUGGCCUGCGUGAUCGUGGGGGGGAUAUGCAUACACAAGUGCUGGAAGCGCAGAGCCGAUAAAGGAUACACGAUAGCAAAGGUUUAAAAUCUGCUUUAUUCUCCAACCGCCAACAGAAGAAAAAAAUCAUCCUGGCUAUCUUUCACAUGAGACACAGAGAGACAUUUCAGACCAGACAUACUGCUUUCCCAGCAGAUGGAUAUAUAUCAGCUAUUUUCCUCUUCUCCAAGUCUUCUACAAUUUGAUGAAGUUAUAAAUAUAAAUUUGCAUUUUCAUGCUGCUUAGAUGCAGGAAACCUGCUUCUAUUAUUUUGCAGCUAGGGUGCAAUCUGUAGGAUUUUGGAACACAGAAUACUAGGAACGUGCCCUGGAUAUGGGAAGGGUAGGGAAAGGGAGGUGCUCUUGCCCUUUGUAAUUCCAAUAGUCGUAUUGUUUGUUUAAAAAAAAAAAAGGAAAAGAAAAACCCUAAAAUCUAAAAACAGAAGCUAAGAAAGCUUGCUACAGAAGGACUAUUCCACACCAGAGUGAAAAUGCAGUUUUCUUAUGCAUCCAAACUCAUUUUAUUUUACUUCAGUCUAAAAAGAGCCGUUUUUUUUCCCUUUUCCAGAGCCAAAUACAGUUGUCAUGGCAACUGUAUAUCUACGAACUUUUCCACAGAAAAUCUAAAUUUUUUCGCCGUUUGGAUUACUCUUUGCUUAAACGGACUGUCUCAGAAUAACCCUCCCCCAGAGAUAGCUACAUCAGCAUAACAGAUAAUUGUACACUGGAGAAUUCAGUUCUGUUUUAUCUACUAAUAUCUCAUAGCUGGAGAUUCAUAGGCAGCUGUAAUAUGUUGUUAUCUUUGCCAAGAAAAGAAUUUGGAGGGAUGUUUUAGUGUUUUGAGAGUCAUUUGACUAACACAAAAUUUUAUUCCUGGAAGUGAUUUGACAGAUUACCAGUAAUAAUGUACAGUCUCGCCCUUCUGUGCCUCUAACUCUUUCAUGACUGGCCUGAUUCUCCUCUCUGAUAUGAGUAUAAAAGUCUGCCAUAGAUUCCCGUAAACAAUGAGUCUGCACCAGUCUAAAGCCGGUGCAGCUUCAGGAACCUUGUGUCCUUUAAAUUGAAGUAUGCAAAUCGAUUACUUGUGAUGCAAAAUGCUGCCUGUUAGGUUAAUCUAACUGGAUUCCAGUCUUGACAUAAUUCAGAAGGGAGCAAUAAAUAAUCAGUGACCAUGUUGUACUUUGAGGAUCAGAAUGAGUAGAAUGAGUUAGUUACUUCCUCUUCCAAGAGAUAACACGAUAGCUGAGAAGUAGUUCCAUCAUACGUAUUGUGUAUUAUCUUCAUCUGUAUGGGAAGGGAAGAGAUCCAGUCUUAAGGUCUAGAUUGUUACAGACCUAUAACUGACACCUCUCACAGACACCAAAGAUAAAGCUUUUUGUUUGGGUAAAUCAGCCCAGAGGUUUUUCAGACUCUAUAGGAAAAAAAAUAAUCAGGAAAAACGUUGACUCCAAAGAACAAAUUGUAAAGUAAGAAUGUUAGAACUGCGUGUGGUCCCACAAACUAGAGAAAUGAACGACUCGCAUCCAUCUGGGAGAGGCCAUAAUCUAAUUGCUUUCCACCAUCACUUAUAGCUGGUUCUGAGUUUAGCCUAAUAAAUAUUUGGAAGGAUUUUGAAGAGUAGGAUGUGGCUUGAAUUAAGAAACUCUUCAAUCUGUUAGCAAGAACCUUCACAUUUUAUGAGAUUUAAGGCAAAGUCUCCCUUUAAAUAUUCUAAAUGUUUGCUGUGAAGGUACAGGCACAGAGAUUAGAUUUCUGACACAGUCCGAGUCAAUGACAACCAAAUAAGACCACAGGACUUACUGUUUCUAAGUGCAGGCUGUUAAAGAUGAUGAUAAAGAAUACAUAUAUUUUAUGGGCAGAGAGGAAAAAGGUGGCUGCAAGUGUGGAAAACAGUCAAUCCACUUGGAUAUCUGUUCUUUGAAGGAAGAAAACUAUAGACGAACUGACCAUUGCUGGAAGGAAUAUGAAAAAUGUUUUAGGUACAUCAGGAACGCUCGUUUUUAUCAAGCAAUUGCUAGUCUGUAACGAGAGAACAAUUUAGGUUUGCCAAUAAGUGUAACCUUUCAAAAUGUGAUUUGUUCUUCCUAUCCAUCUGUAUCCUCCAAGAGUAGUGUGAUAACACAUCUGGCUGUAGGCGCAGGGUUGGAUUUCACUAAGAGGUGGAAAAGAAGUAGAAUUUUUGGUAUAUGGAGUAUCGGUGCCAUAAGAAAGUUAAAUACCUCGGAUCCUCCUCCAAACUAGAGAAGGAGAAAGAAAUGUGAAUGCGAGAUAAAAAUUAGGCAUACAGAGAACUGAUGUUACAUACUCAGUGGCAUCUUGAAUACAAGGGGAAUGUAAAGAAACAAAGGUUUAUCUUUUAUGAAGUGAUAUUUGCUUCUCUGACUACUGGUAUAGUAAUAUUCUGAAGGCUUUCAUUAUAGGUAGACUUGUUCAAGUGUACUACAUAGUGUAAAUGUUUUACAGGUAGACUUGAACAAGUGACCUACAUCAUAAUGUAAAUGUUUUACAUUGAUUUGUAUUGUUACAAAUCAAGGGUAUCACGGUCUAUAUCGUUUUUUAAAAUGUUACGUGAAAAAUGGAAAAAAAAUAAAAACCACAACGAAG